AAUUAAGCAAGGCGUGACAAACAGGCUGUUGGACUGUUCAAAAUGUCAGCUGAGAAUGCGAAAAAUUGCUGAAAUCGCCAGUUCUGAGGUAGCACCGAGUGCAGUACAAAUAUCUUGCAAGAAAAACCUCUGUUGGUAGAGUGACAACCUUUUCGUUGUUGCUUGAACUAUAGCAGAUAAGAGCAUAAAACUUUUUAAAAGAACAUCACAAUGGCUUGUUCGAACAGUAAGCAGUUAUCUGUCGAAAGAUGGCCGAUUUUCAGCCUCUUAGACCCCGAGUUCAUCUCAUCAAUCAAGCAAGCCUGCGUCUUCGGUAGUUCCGGUAAUGAAGCCAUCGUGAUCACGCAAGACGAUGAUGUGUACGCACUCGGGUCGAACUGUAGCAGCUGUCUCGGAGUCGGCGACGCCCAGAGUGGGCUAGAGCCGCGUAAGAUUGACAUAUUGUGUAAGAAGAAGAUAGUGGACAUUGGGUAUGGUAGCGGACCGCACGUACUGGUGUGUACGGACAAUGGCGACCUGUACAGCUGGGGACACAACGGGUACAGUCAGCUGGGCAAUGGGAGCACCAAUCAGGGACUGUCGCCACAGCUGAUAACGACAAAUCUGAUUGGUCGAAAGGUGGUGAAGGUGGCUUGCGGAAGUCAUCAUUCGUUGGCGCUAACUCUGGAAGGAGAGGUCUUUGCUUGGGGCUACAACAACUGUGGACAAGUUGGUUCUGGUACUACAACCAACCAGGCAACACCGCGGAAAGUCGCUGCCUGCCUCGGGACCAGAAAGGUGACUGAGAUAGCCUGUGGACAGACAUCAUCCAUGGCACUGUUGGAUAAUGGGGAGGUAUAUGGUUGGGGCUACAAUGGGAAUGGGCAGUUGGGUGUCGGCAACAACGUGAACCAACCCAACCCCUGCAGAGUGGCAGCCUUACAGCAGAUGAUAGUAGUACAGAUUGUAUGUGGUUAUGCCCAUGCGAUGGCCCUGACUGACGAGGGCUCUGUGUAUGCUUGGGGUGCAAACUCCUACGGACAGCUGGGAACAGGAAACAAGGCUAACCUGGUCACACCUACCAAAAUCGCACUGGACAAGGGCAGGUUUGUUGAGAUAGGAGCGACCCAUUACAACCAUGUGUCAUCAGCCGUCACCCAGACUGGGAAGGUGUACAUGUGGGGCCAGUGUCGCGGCCAGUCCAUCACCUCUCCUAUGGAGACCAGGUUCUCUACUGUGGAUGACGCCUUUGCCUGUUUCUCCAUGCCUGCAGUCACAUGGAGGCCUCUGUCUUUUGAAACGGACAAUUUCUACACUAUCGAGAGACAUUUGAGGAUGGCAUUUGACAACCAGGAAACAAGUGAUCUGAAGUUUAUGGUGGAAGGAAGGGUUGUCCAUGUACAUAAGGCAGUACUGAAAAUAAGAUGUGAACACUUCCGCUCCAUGUUCCAGGCACACUGGGGAGAAGAUGACAAAGAUGUGAUAGAAAUCACCCAGUUCAGUUACCCAGUGUACAGGGCCUUCUUGGAGUACCUCUACACUGAUCAGGUGGAUCUGCCUCCAGAGGAUGCUAUAGGCCUGUUGGACCUGGCCAACUCCUACUGUGAACAGCAGCUGAAGAAACUGUGUGAGCGGAUUAUCAAGCAGGGCAUCACGGUGGAAAACGCUGCCAUGCUGCUAGCUGCUGCCAUCAAAUAUGAAGCCAGGGACCUGGAAGAGUUUUGUUUCAGAUUUUGCUUCAACCACAUGACGGCAGUUACACAGACAGAAGCUUUCAACAAGCUCGAUGAGCAGACUGUGAAGAACUUCAUUCUCAAGGCUGCCCAACGAGGGGCUUUUAAGUACUGACAAUGACAGCUACCAGUAGGAUAGAAAGGAGAGACAAUCAGCAGUGACUUCAGAGGAUAGGAGAUUGUUGGUCUACUGACUUCACAGAGACACAAAGUCAACAGAGACAUUUUGGCCAACCUCAUAUGUGCCAUAUCUGCAAUCCAAAAUCUAAGCAUCUUCUGACUCUCUACAAAUCACUUCUUUUGUGAAGGAUAUUGUGCUUGCAUGUGCUACACUUUCAUACUACAAUGUACACAUAAAGUAGCUGUUACAACACUUGCUAGUGUUUCCUAGACACUCAGCAUUACAUGAUUGUAUAUUCCAAGAAAUUUAAUAUAGAUAGCAACAUAGCAACAUGGAACAAACAUCUGUAUCAUUAUCGACUUUAGAGUUAAACAGAUUUUACAGAGCAAUCCUUUUAAAUCAAGUUUUAAAUUGCUGAGGAUAUAUAUAUGAAAGUUAAAAGCCACAACUUCAAAGAACAAAAUAGCCAUCGGCAAAGCACAAUUUGAUCUUAGAUACAUGUAACUAGAUUACAUUGGCUUUUGCAUGUUUUUUUUUUAUAUGCGUCACUGUAAAAUGUAAUAAUUUAGGCCGUUAUAUAGGUUUGAUGUCAUAGGAUUUUCAACCAGGCUGUUACAAAACCAACAGUUGACAAGGAUCUAAGCGCCUUUUUGAUAACAAGGCAGCUGAAUUUUGUAUGAUGCCUGCAUGGCUAUCACUAGAAAACCUUCAGUUUGCAGUCAUAUUACAGUCGAACAAUAAAUGUGACCAAGCCCAUGAUGGAAAUGAAGCUGAGUGAACCGUGAAAAGCUGGUCAGUCAACAAACUGUAGAAACAAUGGUUUUGUUUUAGAAACCAAACGUUUUGAUUAGCCACCACUGCAGACACCACCUGGUCAUCAUUUUUUUUUUCAAUUUCAUUGGUUUUCUGAUGUUCAGUGGUUCCUCAUUAUUACCAGGUUCUGACAGCUGCCAUAUCCUGUCCACUGGCCUGCUUGUAAGUCCAAACUGAUUUGAUUAUAAUGAUGACAUCUUUCAGGUAUCCCUAAACUGAUGCAAAUGUACAAAGAAAAAAUUGGGCUAAAGACAACUUUAAAAUCUAAGAGGUCAGGAAGGUUGAAUUAAUGACAGCAAACAGAAUAUGGUACUAAUAUACAAUGAAUACUUAAUUUUUGUCAUUUCACAAUUCCUCUUCUGGAACACAAAAAUUGAUGUGCAUGGAUGUCAUUCGUAUAAUUAAAUCAGUGUUGUCUAAUUUAAAAAAAAGCUGUGGUCUGCAAUGGGCUUAAAAUUUUGAUAAUCAUUUAAAAUGCUGGUAUCUGCAAAUUGCAUUAAGUUUUUUUAAUUUUGAAAAUGUUCCCAUUGAUAAUGUAUCCUUUUUUUAAUACCAAGAAUUUUGGAAUGUAAUAAUAAUUUUGUUUAGCUGGAUAGAUUGCUUGUACACUAUAAGAUUAUUAGAUGUUGUAAAUUGCUAAAUUCCUACUCAAGGACCUUGUCAUUGUGUUUCUUGCACAUUAGAUUUGUGAUAUAGUGAACUGAUAGCAUUCUUCACACAGCCAUGGAUGUUUUACUGAGGAGAUGAUUGUCGUGAAUGCUGUCAUUACCUAGUUGGAAUGUGACUAGAUCAUAGCUGUAUCAGUCGUCUGUUUUCAAUGCCUUUGUAUCUUAAACCACUAGUCAAGAUGCUCGAAUGAAAGUUGUUUUGCUUUAUUUGGGAGCAAGUUGGUGAAAUGUAUUUUAAAUUUAAUUGGAUGCAACAUUUGUAAAAAUCCAAAGGCAAACUAAAGGCAAUAAACAUCAACGAGUAAAAUGUU